AUUUCGUUAAGUUGGGUUCUAGCUGUCAUUCUCGCUGUCAAUUUGUCCCUUGUUCCUGGUUCUGCUCGUCAUUUUGGAUCUCUUGGUUUAAUUGUACAAUAAACGAUACUAAUUCAGUUGUAAUUCAUUCUAAGAGAAGACAAAAAAAAUCAAGAUGGAAAUCGAUGAGGAAGAAUUCGAGCAACCUACAUCCAGUAGCAGUCGGGGAGAACGAAAACGGUUCGAGGUGAAAAAGUGGAACGCCGUUGCUUUAUGGGCUUGGGACAUUGUGGUAGACAACUGCGCUAUUUGCCGUAAUCACAUCAUGGAUCUGUGUAUUGAGUGUCAAGCGAAUCAGGCCUCCGCCACUAGUGAGGAGUGUACGGUCGCAUGGGGAGUUUGCAACCACGCAUUCCAUUUCCAUUGCAUCUCUAGAUGGCUCAAAACAAGACAGGUCUGUCCAUUAGAUAACAGGGAAUGGGAGUUCCAGAAAUAUGGACACUAGGCGUUUCGGAUUCUUCAACUUGCUGCGUUCUACAUUGGCGUCCUUAAUUUUUUAUCGAAAAAAGAUUUGUAUUUCAUAUGACAAGAAUGGUUUAGAAAAACCCGGAAAUUAAAAGUAUGUAUGUAUUCAAAUCGAA